GCAAGUGUCGGGAUGGAGACACCAACGACACACAGCCCCAAGCGACACUCUUUUACGAAUACUCUAAUUACGAUUUCCCUUCAACUUCUGCUCUGGUCCAGCCUAUUUCCUCUUUCAGUUCAAGUCUCUCUUUUCGGUCUCUCGAAGAUUGAUAAAUCUUUGUUUCUCGCCGACGUGAUUUGCAUCGCAGCAGCCGGCACAUCCAUUCUUGUUGUCCUUCUACACACUCUGGUUGCACGGCUCCAGGACAAGGUCUUCAGUAGAUGGGCCAAAGUAGCCGCAGCAAUCUUCAAGGUCACAACCCUUUUCUUUUCGUGCAUAGCAGUGCUGUUAUGGAUCACAACCGUCGGGCUGAGCAUAAUCUUUGCCUUCGCAAGACAGCCGACAUGUCGGCCAGCCAGUUAUGACACACACGAUAUGUGGAGGAAGGGCAGCGUGUGUUAUGCUCAGCGAGCGGCCCUAGUUGUCAGCAUGCUGGCAUUUAUCGUUUCGUUCGUCCUGUGUUUCACGUAUAAUGUUUCGCACGAUCCAUUCGCAGCAGGACUGUUUGGACCAACACAGACUGGUGUCUGUUUGACGAAGUCAGAUCUUGGGAGGACAACUCCUAUGGUCAACAGGCAUUCAACCCUCUCUUUCAAAUGCCGUUCGAUGCUGUCUCCGAUCGCCAUUUCGUCACCCAUACGGAUAUCAUCGCCUCUACGAGCGAUGAUGAAUGCCAAUGAUGAGAAGUCGGCACGCCCAUUGUCAAUCGACAAGUCUCCUCUGCUGUCCAAGACUCCGAGUCCAUUGCACUCGGCAACAAGCUCUAUUGACAGUGUGAGCGGUCAACCUCCAGCAGCAUACAUACAAUCCGCUCGCUAUCAGCCGUCGCGCGUGCCGACGGCAUAUGUGCCCUCGCCUCACGGGACACAUCUCUACUCGCCAAAACAUCUCCCAAAGGCAAUCGUGUCGGCCAUGUCGGCAGAUCUAAAGCCGCCAACGGCAGCAGCUGCUGCCUACCCGCCACAAAGAGCUCCCACUCUGCCGAAGAUAGCUCCUGCGAUAUCGUACCCAGCUCCUUCUAUCACACCCAUCCAGACAACAAGUCUAUAUACAUCACGACGAGUGUCUUCAAUGUUCAUGACCCCCACCGCCCACAUGGCUCCACCACUAAUAAACAAAACUCCUUCUUCCGAGAGAAAGCUCGACACCUUUGCUUCCUCUCCGCUUGCCCACAUGCCUCCAAUCCAGCCCAAGAAUCUAUACUCGACAAGACGGGCCCCAACGCCAUACGUACCGUACAAACCUGCCACCCCUGCCCCUUCGCAAGUCAGCUCAGAUGCACCGAGAAGAUUCCCUGUGGCAUCGGCGUAUGCGCCCUCGAGUGUGCGUGUGCCUUCGUCGCUUUUGCAACCUCCGCCUUCGAUUAGACGGCUCAGAUCUGCGGACAGGGGUGUUAGUUAUGCUUCUAAUACAAGCAGUAUAUACAGUCGACUUCCCACUGACGACAAGUAA